CGAUGGAUCUGCUCAGCAGCAAUACCUGGUGUGUGUGUAGUGCACUGGCGUCGGCGGCGGAGUAAAUGGUUGGAUAGAUCGGUGGAUAGUUGCGGGCGGUGAACAUCCAUCCAUAUGGGGAUGCUGAGAGUGCGACACAUGCCUCGAGAUGGCGGGUCAGCCCGCUGGGGCAUUCGCACAAUGUGUGAGACAGCCUCUGCAUACCUUUGACUGUGCCGCCGUCUCAUUGCAAAGUCCGUUCAGCCUCGGCUUGGUGAGACAGGGGCAACCCAGCCUGCACUCGGCAUCCCCGCCGACGCUCUCUACUCCACGCUGCUGUUGCGAGGCAAGCCAGCAACAAACCUGCAUAGGAAGGUCUCGUCACCAACAUGUCCAAAAGCGCUCCAAAUGCCUUGGGCAUAUGCUCAACCCAGAAAGACAGACGGGGACUAUGACAGCGGUGAGGACGGACUGCCAGCACAAGUGGAGCAUACACACGGUUGACAGCUUGGAGAUGCGUUUACGAGCGCCGAGAGAGACGCUCGUACACAAAACGUCGAAUCGCCACACGUGCCCCAGUCCCAGCAGAUGCGGGCGUUGCGAGCAGGUAAACCAAAGCAGAGAGCGUGCUGCCUUCGACAUGCAAAAACGGCCGAGUCGACGAGAAGUGAGGUAAGGAGAUCGGAGAGGAGGGCGGGCUGCACAAGUCGUGCAGCGGCGAAAGCGACGCCGGAUAUAUGUACCAGAGGGUGCCUGUCGAGUGGGCGCAAAGGC